AUGACUAGUCUCCGUGUUAUCUAUUUUGUUGUUGUCAUUUUCAGGCUGUCCCAAGCUACCUAUGUUUCGAAGAACUAUACUGCCAAACCGGAAUUCGAUAAUAAGAAGUCAAAUGACGAACUUUUAGGAGAAUACAGUACUUACUUGUUGUGUGAGUGUUCUGCUAUGUGUCAGAAUGACUGUGACUUCUAUGGGUACAAUUCUAAGCUGAAGAAAUGUCGUGUCCACAAGAAGAUCUUCAAUUCCGCUUCCGGAAUAUCUGACGAGGCCAGAUGGAGAUAUUAUUCUCGUUAUUUCCCUAUGGAUUGUAAAGAAAUUCGUGAAAAUGGUCACACUUAUUCAGGGGUGUAUGAAAUUUCUCCCUUUGGGACCAGUCCUCUUAUAGUUUACUGCGACAUGGAGACUAUGGAAGGAGGAUGGACGGCAAUUCAGAAACGUGUCAAUGGAUCUUUGAGUUUUGACAGGAAUUGGUCGGAAUAUAAGAAUGGUUUUGGUUCACCGGAACAGGAUAUCUGGGUUGGAAAUGACGUAAUACAUCAGUUAACAAAAGAAAACAACUCGUUUCUAUAUGUCUCCAUCACUCUCCAGAAUGGAACAAGGCUGUAUGAAAUGUACGAUCGAUUCUUGGUUUCCGAUGAAAUAGAGAAAUAUCAACUCUUUCUUGCAGGACCUGCUACGGGAUCCUUAGGUGACAGCAUGUUAAACAUUCCUUCCCGCUAUAGACUGUCGGGGAUGUACUUCAGCACCAGGGACAGUGAUAACGACAGGUAUAUGACUGGAGGUAACUGUGCUGCACAAAGUUACUAUAGGGGAGGUUGGUGGUUUAACUGGUGCCACCAGGCCUUCCUUAACGAUUAUGGAUCAUUAAUUGGAAAAGAAUCAGAAAAAGUACUUCAGUUCUUGCUUAGAAGAUCUGAACCAUCUGUUAUAGUAAAGACCGUUAUAUUCCAGCCCAUUUCAAGAAAGUUGGUUGGAUCGAGCAAAGGUAUGGAACCAGAUGUGCCAAUACCAGUGACCCAGGAUUUGGAGGAGACUGGUUACCCAAUAAAUGUUAUCCAUGGAAACAAUGAUUCCACAACAACAUUGUAUCUGUAA